UCAAGAUAUGUUUGUAGACAUUGAGCUUGUUAAACGUGUCAAGGGUUUUGUAAACUCUACUAUUGUUAUGCAAGCAGAAUUAUUGUUAGAUUCUUUUAACGACACAUCUCUAAAUCAACUGCUAUUUGAUAAUAACUUCGUUAACUUUAUAUUUUAUGAUGAUGAAUUAUCAAAACAAAAUAAAAACAUUAUAACUUCGACAAAUCUGCUUGAUUCUGCUAGUGAACUCUAUCAAGAUGAAACUAUCAAUACAACCAACUUGAUCGCAUGUGUGUUUCAUUCAAGUGCAUUAUAUUUAAUCGAGGAAUAUGCACUAAAAAAUAAAAGAAUGAUAAAUGCCAAUGAUUCUAAUGAUUCUUUUAAUAAUCCUCCAUCGAGUCAUCAAUCAACGUCAAUAACAACACGCUCAUAUGCUCGUAUAGGUUUAAUGGGCAAUCCAUCAGAUGGUUUCAAUGGAAAGACAAUUUCUCUAUUGAUCUCUAAUUUCUUUGCAGAAAUUACUCUAAUCCCCAACAAAUUCACUCAUACACAAGAAUAUUCUAAAAUCGAAUUUUUUCAUUCCAUGAUAACCACAAAAAGUUCAUUCUCAACUAUUGAAUCUUUAUCAAUAUUAUCUUCUACAGAAGGUUAUACGAAUGCUGAUAGAUUAUUCCAAGCAGCUUGCAAAGUAUUCUAUAGGUAUUGCAAAACUAAUAACUUUGUACUCCAUAAGCAAGGUUUUAGGCUAUGUUAUGAAACAAAUAUACCACGACAAGUUGGACUAUCCGGAUCUUCUGCUAUAAUUACUGCCUUAUGGAAAGCGUUGAUGAAAUUUUAUGGGAUUGGGAAUGAUGAUAUUUCAUUAGCAAUGCAAGCAAAGUUGAUACUUGACGUAGAACUUAUUGAAUUGGGAAUUAAUGCAGGAUUACAAGAUAGAGUCAUACAGAGUUUUGGAGGUGUUAUGUACAUGGAUUUUGAAAAAGAAUUUAUGGAGAGGAAUGAUGGGAUCGGAAAAUAUAUAAGAAUACCAAGUGAAUUAAUACCUAAAGGAUUGUGGAUUGCUUACGAAGGGAAUCCUAGUGAUUCUGGUAAAAUUCAUAGUGAUGUGAGAAAAAGAUACGAAGCUGUGGAUGAAAAGGUAGUAGAUGCCAUGAUUAAAUUUGCAUCCUAUGCUGAACAGACUUAUCAUCUUUUACUUGAUUCUUCAACUACACAAAUGACAAAACGUGUGAAAUUAGCAAAAUUAAUGAAUAUGAAUUUUAAUUUGAGACAAGAGAUAUAUGGAAGUAAAACACUUGGAAAAAAUAAUUUGAAAAUGAUCGAAUUGGCUAGGAAAUUUGGGUUUGCAGCCAAAUUUACAGGGUCAGGUGGUACUAUUGUUGGAUUAUGGGAAGAUGAAAGUGAUAAAUAUGUGAUGCUUAAUAUAGAGAAAUUGAAGAAUGAGUUGCAAAAAGAAGG